GAACAGGAAGUAGUUUACUUCCUAGCCAUCAAAAUGGAACCAGUUGUACUGAAGUAGCUUGUUUUAGUACACAAAUCAACAUACGUUUUCCGAAAUGGCUGUUUUCUGCAUCUUUUGAGUUUAUUUUAAUAGCGAACUGCUCAUUUUAGAGCUAAAGUUAAGAAAGAAGUGCGUAUUGAGAAGAGACGUGAGAUUUGGUGAACUUCAGUGACAGAAACAAGGAAUAUCCUCGCAGCUAAGGUUCGUUUAGAUAGUUAGCUUACUCCUGACCUGACGUCCCUCUGCGAUAAAACACCUCGUAGUUUAGAUUCUCCGCUUAAAGUUUAGACCAGGCACCAGCAAAAUGCAUCGGAGAGGUGUGGGCGCGGGAGCUAUUGCCAAAAAGAAGCUCGCAGAGGCCAAAUAUAAAGAAAGAGGAACCGUUAUUGCAGAGGACCAGAUUGUCCAAAUGUCCAAGCAGCUGGAGACAUUCAAGUCCAACCUGGAGGAGUUUGCCAGCAAGCAUAAACAGGAAAUCAGGAAGAACCCACAGUUCAGGGUUCAGUUUCAGGAAAUGUGUGCCACCAUUGGAGUCGACCCACUUGCCUCUGGCAAAGGUUUUUGGUCUGAGAUGCUCGGCGUGGGUGACUUCUAUUAUGAGCUCGGUGUACAGAUUAUUGAAGUGUGUCUGGCCCUGAAACACAGAAACGGAGGACUCAUUACGUUGGAUGAGCUCCAUCAGAGAGUACUGAAGGGACGAGGAAAAUACGCUCAGGAUGUGAGCCAAGACGACCUGAUGAGAGCCAUAAAGAAACUGAAGGUGAUGGGGAACGGCUUUGGGAUGAUUCCUGUUGGUGGGUCUUACUUGGUCCAGUCGGUCCCAGCAGAGCUCAAUAUGGAUCACACUGUGGUUCUCCAGCUGGCCGAGAAAAAGGGCUUCGUGACCGUGAGUGAGAUCAAGGACAGUCUGAAGUGGGAAAAGGAACGAGCUUGUCACGUCCUGGACCACCUGCUGAAGGAAGGCCUGGCUUGGCUGGACUCCCAGGCAGCCGGAGAGGCGCAGUACUGGCUGCCUGCUCUCUUCUCUGAGCUGACCUCCCGUGAUGUCACACCAGAGGAGGCCAAUCAGAUGACUCCUUAAGGCGUGGACACAGCCUGAGAGACUUGGUAAACAGAAUGUGCCUGGUGACCUGAAGGCUCAUUUGAAUCGGCUGGCCGCCUGGUUGGUCGGUUGGUUGGGUGGGUGGACCCCCUCUGAGAUUAUUUUCUGGACACAAGGAGGGAAAACUUUCCCCAUCGGCUCCUCACUGACUUCUAUGCAACAAGAACAUUGUUGUUCCACUACACUGCACAGCUUCAGUGUGCGAUCUUCUGGUGUCAGUUUGUGGGUGUGUGGACAGACUGUAAAUAUUAAAUGUUUCACAUAUAAACAAUAACUUUUAAUUAAAUGA